CAGUUUUUAGUUUGUAGCUGAGCUGCGAUAAGGCGUUCUGGGAAACAGCCUGGUUAGUCGACAUUCCAUCUACCAAAAUUCAUGUCUGUGAGGCUGCUGGAACUUUCUUUAGCACCUUAAGAGAGGUGAGCACAGCCAGCUUUCUAAGAUGUCUGUGAUGGCUGGGCUUACCCCGCGGUCGUCUGUGUUUACAUUCGAGUCCACAGUACAUUCCUCCCAGGUGCUGCAGCGCUUGAAUGAGCAGCGCUGCCGGGACAUGUUGUGUGAUGUGACGGUGCUGGUGGAAGGUCAGAGCUUUAGAGCCCACCGCUCUGUGCUCGCUUCCUGUAGCGAGUACUUCUUGCAAAAGAUCUCUUCCCCCACUCAACACGGAGCAGUGAUCACUUUGCCAGAAGAGGUGACGGUGGCUGGCUUUGAACCACUGCUGCAAUUUGCCUACACAUCCAAACUCAACUUUGGAAAAGACAAUGUUUUAGAAAUACGAAGCUCAGCCUCGAUCCUUGGGUUCAGGGACUUGGACGAGGCAUGUUUUGAUUUUCUCCUGCCAAAGUUCUUUGUGAGUCGCAACGGCUCUGCCCCCAUUGUGCGAAAGACCUGUUGUAGGAAGGAAUGCAAGAGGCGAUUAUCAAAAGAAAAUAGUGCCACAGACUCUGAUGACGUGUUGUUGAAUGACAAAGAAGUAAAACCAGUUGCUGACUCAUCACCAAAGCGGGACGUGACUUGGGACUGCAACAAGUCAGUGACAAACAAAAUGGGAAGUCAAAAUAGCACACGCAGUUUGGGAGCUGUAGCUGAAGGCAAAAAUGACCCAGUCAUACAGGGUCCAAAGUAUCGCAAGUUCCAGUUGGCUUGCGAGAAGGGAAUGUUUGCCAGUGAGAAAGGCUCCUUCAAUUCAGUUAUAUCAGGGAUCAGGAACGGCUGUGCCCUCUCCUGCAUGUCGUGCCCCAACAAGGUACAUUGUGAAAAAGUAGCCGUGGUUGAUUUCACUGGAAAUCCAAACUCCAAUACAUGUAUAGAAAGCAAAGCUGAAGUAGAAGAAGUGUGGGAAACUGAAAAACACAAUGUGAAAAGAGAGAACUGUGAAAAUAAAGUUGUAGUUGAUAUUUCUAAGGAAGGUACAUUUGAAGAGGGAAACCAGUGUUGUAAGGUAGAGGAGAAGAACAUUAAGAUGCAUGAAGAAAAGAUGGAGUACUCAUCUGAAAUCAUUUCUUCAGAGAAAACUAAAAUAAAGACACUCUCACCAAAGCCAAGCUCAAUCCUCUGCGAGAGAUCAUCACUGCCCUUUUGCCCCUUAAUGUGUCUGGGUGUGGAAUCUACAAUUACUCAGUCAAUGGGGAAUGAAAAGUGUGUUGUCAGCAAUACAGAAAGUAAAACAUCAAGAGUCUCUGGCGCAAUAAUGUCAUGCUCUUCCCAACAAAAUGAGAUGUCAGAAGACAAGGAAAAAAAUCAAGACGAUAUCAGUCAACAAGGAAGAAAAAGUGCACAAAUGUCAAACAUGGAAAGAGCAGCUAUCAUUAGAGAAACCUCCAGAGAGAGCAGCACAGUGAAGAAGGAAACGGCUGAUCACCUCCGCAAGCAAUUCAGGUUCAGUAAAGAUGUCUACCAGCAAAAUUUCCUGGACUGUGAAGCAGGGUGUUCCACAGAUGCAUGUGGAGACUGUGUGCAGGGCUCAUCUCUACAGUGGUCAAACCUCGGUUCCACCAAAACUGGGUGCCCGUUUUUUCAGGAUUUUGACCAAAUGAACUGUCCAAUGUUUGAGAGUGAGGGGACAAAUCAGUCGUCUGUAAACUCAGGGGAGGAUGGAGAUUCUGAGACGGAAACAGAGGGAGACAGUGAGUUCUCCACCAGUGAAAGGGCGCUACAGGUGCAGUUGCCAUUCUCUGUGGAUUGGAUUGUGAAUCUGAACCGAAACGACUUCCAGCAUCUGCUGAAGCAGCAGGUUCUUACCCAAGAACAACUAGAGUUUGUCCAUGAUAUUAGACGCCGCAGCAAAAACCGCCUUGCAGCUCAGCGUUGCCGCAAAAGAAAGCUGGACUGCAUAUAUAGUCUACAGUGUGAAAUUAACAAACUGAAGACAGAGAGGGAGAAACUGAUCUUGGAGAGGAGCCGACUGACCCAGAGGAAAAUGGAAACAUGUCACACUGUAAAGGCUUUGUGUCGGAGGGUCUGCAGUGAAGCAAGACUACAACCAGAACAGCUGCAGGUGUUAGCCAGUUGCACCUCUUCAGACUGCCCUCUGUCCUCAUGGGUUCCUCAGAUAGAUGAGCUUCUGUCACAACACGGAUCAUCACUUCAUCCAAAAAAUGCGGCAUCCCAGGAAGAUACACUUAAUCCACACACAGAUACAAGCACAUGACAGAAAAGCUGAAGCAAACUCACAGUGCCACAGACUACGUAUGAUGUUCAUUAAGCUGUACAGUAUUCUUUUGCAUUCGCUAGGACAUUAUCAUGCACGGUGACCAAAGGACAGAAAUGUACAGAGAUUGCAGACAGUGUAAUUGCUGUGAUCAGUAGAUUCUUUUCAUUUAUUGCUUAUUGUAUUCUCUUUUUAACUCAAAUAUAUUUUGAAUGGUGACAAUGAGUUAUUUUAUUUAUAUUCCAAAAUCCACAAUGUUAUUUGCCACCAGUUUUUUACAGCAUUACAGUAUUUUACUCACUGUCCAGGGAGCCACUCUGACAUAAGUGCUUCAAAAAAGUUAUCUGUAAAUUUCUGGAUGAACAUGUUUUAUAUUAUUUUUCAUUAAAUUCUUUAAAAUGCAGUUUGAUAAUUAUAAGCAUGAAACCUAUUUACUCAAUCCAAAUCUGGACUCAGUUGUUCUAUAGUGAUUAUAGAUAGUUUGAUUUUGAUUCAGCACUCAGGGCAUCAUUCAUGCAAGAACUUAUACUGACAUUGCAAAUUGUACAUUAAUGACAGUUAAGAAUCAGAAAACAUCCAGCAGUUUUCAGGUGUAAAUGAUAUUUUUUUAAUAGUUUGCCCUCAAGAGGCAAACCUUUUUUUUAUCCUUUAAAAGAAUAAUUAUUUCUGUAAACUUUGUAAACCUAAAAAUGACCAUUUAUGGCUUGUCCUUGUGUGCUCACAAAGAAAUAGUGGAUAUGUUUAGGAUGAAUAAAAAAAAAAGCCCACAAAUCUUUAAAUAAAAAAACUGUUUAAACCAAAUAGAAUAU